AUGAAGUGCCUCACAAUCGCAAUUCUUGCGUCGACCGCAACAGCCUUGAAUAAUGGCCUUGCCGUUACACCCCAAAUGGGAUGGGAUGAUUGGAAUGCCUUCGGAUGUAGCCUGAGCCAGAGCCUUAUCCUGAACACAGCGAGCGUCAUCGUAAAGACCGGUCUACGAGACUUGGGUUAUCAUUACGUGAUUUUGGACGAUUGCUGGUCGUCAGGCCGGGGUUCUAACAACUCAAUCAUUCCCGAUUCUUCAAAAUUCCCUAACGGCAUGGCCUGGUUGGGAAACCAGCUUCAUGCUCAGGGGCUCGGCUUUGGAAUGUACUCCAGUGCUGGCACAAAAACUUGUGCUGGUUAUCCGGGGAGUCUGGGCUAUGAGACGGUAGAUGCUGAUACCUUCGCCAGCUGGGGUGUUGAUUAUCUAAAAUACGAUAAUUGCAAUAACAACGGCGAAGCAGGGACCCAAGCUGCAAGCUCUGCCCGUUAUGAGGCCAUGGAAAAGGCACUAGCAGCCAGUGGCCGCAACAUUCUCUACGCAAUCUGCAACUGGGGUCAAGACUCUCCUUGGAUCUGGGGGCCUUCUGUUGGCAACUCUUGGAGAAUCACGGGCGACAUCACGGACAGCUUCAACACGGAAAAUUCUGUCUGCCAAGUGCCAAACUACGGCGGAUACGGUUGUUCCGUAACUCAGAUCUUGUCCAAACAAGCUACGAUUUCAUCGUAUUCGGUAAAGGGCGGCUGGAACGAUCUUGACAUGCUCGAAGUUGGAAAUGGAGGAAUGAGUGACUCUGAAUAUGUUGCUCAUUUUAGCUUGUGGGCUGCGGCAAAGAGUCCACUCAUUAUGGGCAACGAUAUGACCAAACUGAUUGCCAGUGACUAUUCCAUUCUUGCUAACCCUGCUGUCAUUGCUGUUAAUCAAGAUCCUCUGGGAGUUGCUGCUACAUACCGGUGGACUCAGAACAACAUCCAGCUUUGGAGUGGACCUCUUGUUUCGACAAGUGGAAGCUCAGUGAAUGAUCAGGUAGUGGCGUUAUACAACAACGGCGGAUCAAGCGCCACGGUAUCCGCAAGCAUCUCGGACAUCUUUGGCUCUUCGUCGGUCCCGUCCGUUCAAUUCGAGAUUCGAGACCUCUGGGGCUCGCGGUUGAACGAUAGCCAAGCUCAAGCCAUCUUGACCAACGGUGCAGCGGCCAACCCAUCGUUGCUAUAUAAUGCUACGGCAAAGUCUUAUGCUUCUGGACUUGCACAAGGCGAUUCUAAGCUUCUUGGAACAUCCAUUGGUAGCGUUACGGCACCUGGUGGUAGUAUCAGUGUCAGUGUUCCCGCGGAUGGAUGCAGAAUUCUCCGACUUCGCGCUGUAACCAGCUCGUCAACGUCGUCCUCUACUUCUAUAUCCACUACUACUGGAACUUCGACUACCACCACGUCUCCUUCUCAGCCACUGCAGACACACUGGGGUCAGUGUGGUGGUCAAGGUUACUCCGGACCGACUCAAUGCCAGUCCCCUUACACGUGCCAGGUGGAGAACAUGGUUCAAGUCUUCGCAGCUACAGUGGUGGCUGCUGCUGCUGCUACUGAUUUAUCGCGACGACAAUCUUCUUCGACCACGGCCGUCGUUGAUCUUAGUACUAAUCGAGGAGCAACAAAGCACUUGGCCUCAGGAUUCAUCUACGGUAUACCGGACAAUGAAACCCAAAUUCCAGACCACUGGUAUACGAACAUGGGAUUCGAGUACAACCGUGGAGGUGGCGCUCAAAUGGAUGCGCCAAAUCGUGGCUGGGUCUGGGGCUUAAAUGAGUAUAAAGGACGGUUCCAGUCAACUCUGUCCAACUAUCAAGUCACUCGAAAGUUUGGGGGAACUUUCAUUAUUCUUCCCCAUGAUAUCUGGGGCACCGAUCAUACAAACUCGUCGACACAUUGGCCGGGCGAUAAUGGUGACUGGAGUAGUUAUGAUGCCUUUCUCGAUCAGCUGUUGUCAGAUAUUAAGGCAAGUAACAUGGUGGACCACAGUGUAUUCGACAUAUGGAAUGAGCCAGAUAUUUCCAUCUUUUGGGCACGCUCUUCAGCUCAAUGGGUUGAAUUAUAUACUCGGACACAUCAGAGGAUUCGCUCUGACUCUGCUUUGAACGCUAUGCAAAUCUCAGGGCCGACGUUGGCCUAUCGCCCCUCAUCAAGCAACUCUUGGUGGACAAGCUGGCUGCAGGCUAUCAAAUCGAACAAUGCAAUACCUGAUCAGUAUGCCUAUCAUCUCGAAGGGGGUACCACGGCAGUGGACAAUGACCUUCAGACUUCCAACCAGACUCUCGGGGCUUUGCUAUCGCAAUAUGGCCUACCGGAGCGCCAGAUCAAUAUCAAUGAGUAUGCAAAUACUGGCGAGCAAGUUCCUGCAGGUGCUGCUUGGUGGAUCGCUCGAUUUGAGCGCUAUGAUGCUAUCGGCCUACGAGGAAAUUGGCGCGGUGGCUGUACACUGCAUGAUCUCUUUGCUGAUCUACUUACAAAGACAUCCAACCCAAAUUCAUGCGGUGCUACUGACUAUGCUCCGGCGCCCGAAUAUCCAGUGUACGAAUAUUACAAUCUCAAUAUGACAGGACAUCGCGUUGCUACACAAGGCUCAGGAGAUCGACAGAUAGACGUCUACGCCACCGUUGGCAGUGACGGGGUGGUGCGCGUGCUCUGUGGUGUCCGCAUCAACACUGGCACUUGGUACAUUACCAUUGACAAUCUUAGCUCAGUCGGUCUGCCUACGUCCGGGACUCUUAAUAUUCAGACUUGGGGAUUCCCCGGUGGAAGUAGCGUCUUCUCUACCGCAUCGGGGUUGCAGAACAAAGGAGUUGCUUCUCACAGCUAUUCAGGAAACUCUGUCACAUUUCCUGUUUAUCAGACCGACACAUCAACUGCCUGGGCCUUUGAGUUUAGGGCAGGCUCGGGCACUAGCAGUACCACAACUACGUCGGUAUCUUCAACUACCAGUACCACUAGUACUUCUCCGUCUGCAGCUACUCAGACGCACUAUGGUCAAUGUGGCGGCGAGGGAUGGACAGGCCCUACGCAAUGCGCACCACCCUAUGCAUGCGAGAGUGAAAAUACAUGGUAUUCCCAGUGCUUGUGA